UACACUUUUUGUUUAACUGUUUAUUUCCUCUCUUUUGUCCACAUGCACAUAUGUGGAAUUAUAAAAUUCUCUCUUGGCCACAUGUAUCAAAUAUCAACUUUAUCAAUUUCAUCAUGAACUCUUUCUUAGAUGGUUAGAAUUUCCUCUUCUUGUGUGCUCAAGCAUUACAAUGUUGAUUUGAUUCUUCCUGACAUUACAGUGGAUUGUUUCCCUGUCACUCCACCCAGGUUUUACAUUUCUUGAGGACAAGAAACAUGUCUGUUUCAUCUUGCACUGUCCACAAUAUUGGGCCAUAGAGCGUGAUGCUAAUUAAAUGAUAAUGCACUUACAGACCACUUUGGCAAAAAAGGAGUCUUGCUCUCCUUAGUUAUCAAAUUUUUUUUUUCCAGUUUCUUUUUAGCAGAAGAUCUUGCCUUGUUCUAAACUGAGUUUAGUGAAGCCACACAACUGGAACUUCCUCAUUCCCCUCUAUCACCCCAAACCUUCCUAUUUCAUUCAUGUAUCUGAAAAAGUUUUUCUCUUUUUAUUGCCAUGUGUGACAAUUAUUUGGAUUCCGAUCAACAUUUGGAGAGUAAUUUCUCUUUUCUUGUCCUUUUUAUCUUCAAUUUAUCCUAAGUACAGUUGACUUUCACUUGACUCAGAAACUUAGGAAGAUCUUUUCUAGCUUAAAAGCAAUUUUUCCUUAGUGUUGCUUUUCUCUCAAGAGAGAGUCUCAUCUUUUCCCUUGUUUUCACUUCCAAAAUUCACGAAGCACUGCUUACAUCUCCUGCCUUCAUUUUCUCAUUUUAAUCCACUCUUUACCUUUUUGAAAUAUUGCUUCUACCUUUUACACUCUGUUCCAUUGAAGGUUUUUGGUGCCCCAUUACUUAUAAAACGCAAUAAUGCUUUCUUUUCUUUUAUCCUUUUAGCCAUUUUUGCAGCAUUUUAUUCUUUUGAGAAUCCUCUCUCCAUGUUUUUUUUUUUUUUUUUUUUUCUUCCCCCUGUCUUGCUUUACAGGAAAUCCUCUUCAGGCAAUUCUCAGUCUCUUCAAUUUCUUCUCUGGUAAUCCUUUCCCUAACUCCUCAUAAGGUCCAUGCUUCAAAAUGCUGUCUACUAUCUUCUUUAUUUACACACUCUCUGUAGGCAAUGUGAACGACCCCAUCGGCAUGGAGAUCUAUUAGUCACAGCAGGCCAGGGACAGUGCUAUAUGAGGAUAGUAAGAUCCAUGAUAAACCAUCUGCCCAGUUCUUCUAAGACCACAUACCUUUUUCUCCUAGCCGGUUUCCAUGUACCUAAACUGCUGCCAGUGAUUCCGCAGGUAAACAGUUCUUGAGUGGUAACUACUUUAUGAAAGUAUUCUACCCAGCACCUAAUGACACAAAGCCUCUCUGUCUUGAUUGGUUAUCCAUGUGAGGAGUUUCCAAUCCUGGGGAGGCCAGAAAGGUAUCUCUAUUAUUCAUGAAUAUUUUUGACUAAGUUGUGUGUGGGCAAGUCCCAUUCUGAAGAGGUGGACGAUUUUUCUGUCUCGCUUGUUUUCUUCCAGAAUGGGUUCUAGCUGGGUUCCCUGGGUGGUGGCUUUGUUAGUGACGGUAAUCAGGCUGGAUUCCUCCAUGACUCAAGGCAGAGAUGCUCCAGAAGAUUUUGUGAUUCAGGCAAAGGCUGACUGUUACUUCACCAAUGGGACAGAAAAUGUGCAGUUUGUGGUCAGAUUCAUCUUUAACCUGGAGGAGUAUGCACGUUUUGACAGCAACUUGGGGAUGUUUGUGGCCUUGACGGAGCUGGGCCAGCCUGACGCUGAGCUGUGGAACAAUCGGCCCGAUAUACUGGCAAGGAGUAGAGCCUCUGUGGAUGCGCUCUGCAGACACAACUACAAGCUGGGUGCACCCUUCACUGUGGGGAGAAAAGUGCAACCAGAGGUGACCGUGUAUCCAGAGAGGAUCCCAGCCUUGCAGCACCACAAUCUGCUGCUUUGCUCUGUGACAGGUUUCUAUCCAGGGGACAUCAAGAUCACGUGGUUCCGGAAUGGGCAGGAACAGAGAGAGGGGGUCAUGUCCACUGGCCUCAUUAGGAAUGGAGACUGGACCUUUCAGACAAUGGUGAUGCUGGCAAUGACUCCUGAACUUGGAGAGGUCUACACCUGCCUUGUUGAUCAUCCCAGCCUGCUGAGCCCUGUUUCUGUGGAGUGGAGAGCUCAGUCUGAAUAUUCUUGGAGAAAGAUGCUGAGUGGAAUUGCAGCCUUCCUGGUCGGGCUAGUCUUCCUUCUGGUGGGGAUCGUCAUCCACACCAGGGCUCGGAAAGGACGUGUGGAGACUCUGUUGUCUGGUGCUGAGGUCCCAAGAGCAGUUCUUCGUCCACAGCCACAUUAAGGUCCUAAUAGAAGCUUCUCCCCCUGGAGCCUGAAGAGGGUUUGAGUGGUCCUGGAUUAAGUGAAGGACAUUCAUGAGGUCAAUGUUCUGGAUGACUCCUUUCCAUGGGACCUUGGAGGAGUCCUGAACUGAUUCUAGAGUCUUGUGUUCUGAGAUCACGCAUCUCUCAUCUUUGUGCCCUUCUUCCUCCUCCUUGUCUAUACUAGUCCCCAUUUCCAGGGACAGUGUCCAGAAAUUCCCCUAAGACCUAGCUCCUUCCAAAUCCCAAACUUUUUACUUUUCUGUGGUCCAGCCCUAACCCUCUAAGUCGUGAUCUCCAUCUUUCUCUCUUCCAAAGGCAGCCCCACAGUCUUCAGAAGACAAACGUUCAGAUAGUCACUGCUCCCUUUUCAUUGUUUUUUAAAAGACUUUUUCCUUUCAAAUAAAACUGAGAUAGAGAUUACCACAUAAAAUGUAUAAUUCAAUACAUGACUUACGGCAAAACCCCUGUAAUCAAUGCUCAGUUCAAGAAACAGAACUUUUCCAGCUGCUGCAUAAGUCUCCCUGCUGCAGGCCAAUCAAAGCCCACUCCCUCCUCUCAAAAGCAGUCAUAUCCUUGCAAACUAUUUGGGCCUUGAAUUUCCUUUGAGGGAUGAUUUUAUUACACUUAACAAUUAAAAAAAAAAUCAUCUGUAGGACUAUACAGAUGGUCUAAUUUCGGGGUCAGCUUUGGUAAAUUUUGUGCGGUAGAUUGAUUAGGGUACAAAGUAUUUGUCAUUCAUCUCAUGGAGAUGUAGCUGGCCCUGGACUUAGACCAUUCUGAGAGUACAUCUAAAGAAGGCUUACAGCUUUUACUUUCCUAUUGGAAGUCCUGAGCCAUCAGGUAAGAAGUUUGCCUUCAUUGCUGAUGGGGCCACAUAGGCCACGUUAGAAGCACUGGAAUUGCUGAGGGAGAGAGUGUCUCUGUGUCCCAGUUGAGCCUCCAGAGGACCCCAGCCCCAGCCACCAUCUGACUGCAACCACAUGAGAGACCCUCUGUGAAUACCACCUUCUAAGCUCAGUCAACUCCCAGAACUGUGAAAAAUCAUUAAAUGGCUGUAGUUUUAAGCCACUAAGUUUGGGUGUAAUUUGUUAUACAGAAAUAGAUCAUGAAAUGUUGUUUUGGGGUGUAAUUUGUUAUACAGAAAUAGAUGAUGGAAUGUUGUUUUUCAAAGAAUUUUAUCAAAACAACAAAUCUACCGGCACAAACUUCUUUAUAUCCUGUUAGUAUCUUUUAAUGUUUGUAGAAUCUGUAGCAAUGGCAUCUUUUUGUUACAGAUGUUAGUAAUUUGUAUUUUUCUUCCUUAUCAGUCUUGCAGGUGGUUUAUCAAAAAAAAAAAAAAAGAAGAAAAAAAGAAAACUCUAGCUUUGUGAUUUUCUUUAUUAUACAUCUAUUGUCCAUUCUAUUUCCUCUCUUAUCUUCAUUAUUUCCUUUCUUCUACUUUUUUUUGGCGUGUUUCUCCAGUUUACACAGCGCCAUUUGUUGAAGACACUAUCCUUUCCCCAUUGGAUAUUCUUGGCUCCCUUGUCAAAUAUUAGUUGAAUAUAUAUGGAAGGGUUUAAUUCUGGGCUCUCUUUUCUGUUCCACUGGUCUAUGUGUCCAUUUUAAUGUCAGUACUAUACUGUUUUUAUUACUAUAGUUUAAAACCAGGAAGUGCGAUACCUCUGGCUUUGUUCUUCCUUCUCAGGGUUGCUUUGGGUAUUCUGGGUCUUUUGUAGUUUAUGAUUUUUUUGCUAUACAGGUUGCUAGUCCUACAUCAUUCACUUAAAACUUGGUAUAUUAGUCCUUUGCAUGGCUAUACCACAAUUCAUCCAUUCUCUCUCUUAAAAUUAAGACUGUUUCUUUUCUCUUCAGUUACUUUUUUUUUUAUGUCAUCUUGGCACAUGUAUGAGAAUUUAUUUAGAAUGUUUUUAUCUAGGAUGGAAGUCUGGGAUUAUCCAACUACCCAAAGGGAUAUACACCAAUAUUUAACAUAUUUUAUAAUUUUUUGAUGUACAGAAUUUUCAUAAUCAAGACAAAGUUGUCAGUUUUUCUUUUUGAAUUUGGAAAUAAUUUUGUUAUUCCUAACCUGGUGCAACAAACAUUCAAUUACAAGUCUCUUUAAGCUAAUGUAGGAUUGUUUCUUUUAGAUAGAUAUUGUCUUAGUCCAUUCAGGAUACUACAACCAAAUACCAUAAACUGAGUAGCUUAUAAACAGCAGAAAUUUAUAUUUCACAGUUCUGGAGGUGGGAAGUCUGAGAUCAGGAUACCAGCAAGGUCGAGUUCUGGUGAAAACCCUCUUCUAGGUUUGCAGACCGUCAAUAUCUCACUGUGGCCUCACAUGGUGGAAGGGAAGACCCUGGUCUUUUGGGCCCUUUAUAAGGGCACUAAUCCCAUUCAUAAGGGGUCCACCUUCAGAACUUAAUCACCCCCCAAAGCUCUACAUCUUAAUACCAUCACAUUAGGGACUAGGUUUCAGCAGAUACAUUUUGUAGAGGCACAAACAUUCAGAACAUUGCAGAUAUAUGGAUGUGGAUUUUAUUAUUGUUGUCAAUCAUGUAACAUUUGCACUUUAAUAUUUUAAUAGAUACCACCAAGCUCCCACUCAUUCAUGAUGCUACUAAUAAUAUAUGAGAGAAUCCAUUCCCACAGACUCUUGUAAAUCCUUUAUUUAAAAAACUCAGACUAUUAUAUUUGCCAAUUUGGGGGAGAAAUAUUUCAUCACAUUGCUAUUUGAAUUUGUAUUUUUUUCUGAUUAUUGGUGUGUUUGAGUAAAUAUUUUAUGUUUAUUGGCCUUUGGUGUAUUUGAUUCUGUAAAUAGUCUGUAUCUUUGCCCACUUUUCUGUUGUUUAUUUUUGUUCAUUUAUUUGUUGGUUUGUUGGCAAUUUUACAUAAUAAGAAAGUUAGCCCAUUGUCAGCCUUGUGUGUUGCAAAGUUUUCUGAGCUUUACAUAUUUCUUUAAAAUUUAUUUAAUCCAUGCAAAUAAAUUAAAAAUUUUUAUUCAAAUACA